AUGCAACUAACGGUAAAGCCUCUUACGCGUGCUGAAAAAGUAGUCCAGGUGGAUGAUGAUGCAUAUGUUUCAGAUCUAUUGGCUGCAGUGAAGUGUGCCUUUGAUAUUGAUCCUGAGUAUCAGCGAUUAGUCUUUAAAGGAUGUCCUUUAUUAGACAAAGAUAAGCCUCUCCUAAAUUAUGAAAUCAGGGAUGGAGACAGACUUACCUUACUAACAAAAAGUGCACCGCAACGAAGUGACUUUGAGUCUCUUUUGCGCAAGUAUUUGGCUGAGAAACUUCCUGAAGUUAAUCCAGAUUUCGUGGUCUCGAAAUUUCUUCAGGCAUUGUCUGCCAGAUUAAAUUCCAUGAGUCUCAAUGACAUCGAAAAUUUGGCAAGUGUGUGGCCUUCAUCCGGAUAG